AUGGCGGCAAUUGUGAAGGAGAUCCUGGCAAGGCCAAUCCAAUUGGCGGACCAGGUGACCAAGGCCGCCGACGAGGCACACUCAUUCAAGCAAGACUGCGCCGAGAUCAAAUCCAAGACGGAGAAGCUCGCCGGCCUCCUCCGACAGGCGGCGCGUGCGAGCAACGAGCUCUACGAGCGCCCCACGCGCCGCAUCAUCGACGAGACGGAGCAAAACCUUGACAAGGCCCUCACCCUCGUCAUCAAGUGCCGAGCCAACGGCCUCAUGAAGCGCGUCUUCACCAUCAUCCCCGCCGCCGCGUUCCGCAAGACCGCACAGCAGCUCGAGAACUCCAUCGGCGACAUGUCUUGGCUCCUCCGCGUCUCCGCGCCCUCCGGCGACCGCGACGACGUAUACCUCGGCCUCCCUCCGAUUGCCUCCAACGAGCCCAUCUUGUGUUUGAUAUGGGAACAGGUCGCGAUUCUCUACACUGGGUCUGCGGAGGACCGAGCGGAUGCGGCAGCUUCUUUGGUGUCGUUGGCCAAAGACAACAAUAGGUACGUUAAGCUCAUCAUCGAAGAAGGUGGCGUGCCUCCGCUGCUGAAGAUGGCCAAGGAAGGAGGAAAGGAAGGUCAAGAGAACGCCGCGAGGGCAAUCGGGUUGUUGGGUCAGGACCCGGAAAGCGUCGAACAGAUUGUGAACGCUGGUGUGUGCCCGGUGUUUGCGAAAAUACUCAAAGAAGGGCACAUGAAAGUGCAGACUGAGGUUGCAUUGGCUGUGUCUGAAUUUGCCGAUAGGCAUCCGAAAUGCCAAGACCCUUUUGCUCAGAACAAUGUGAUCCGAUUGCUCGUCAGCCAUCUCGCUUUCGAGACGAUCCAGGAGCAUAGCAAGUACGUAAUCCCCAACAAGCAGCAAUUGUCGAUACAUUCGAUUGUGAUGGCGAACAACAAUCCGAAUAGAAAUGAGUAUGAUCAUAAUAAACACCCUGGUGGUAGUACGGCUCACGUUUCACACCCGAUUACGGGGAAUCACAACCCAAUUAAUCAAAUGCAGAGCGUUGUUAAUAGCACUCUGGCUUCGAAGAAAAGCCCUAGCCCUAGCCCUGGCCAAGGCCACGAUCAGAGCCCUGGCCACAGCCACGGUCACAGCCCUGGCCCUGGCCAUGGCCAGGGGAUGAAGCAGCCCGGACAUCAUAAUCAGAAUCAAAACCAGAAUCAGAAUUACAAUGUCAGUACCCAUCAUCAUCAUCCUCAUCCUAACCACAACAAUGCAAAGACACACCACCCCAAUCAUGUGGCGCUAUCGGGGGCUAGCAUCAAGGGGAGGGAGUAUGAGGACCCGGAAACCAAGGCAAAAAUGAAGGCUAUGGCAGCUAGAGCGCUUUGGAAGCUUGCCAAGGGGAAUGUCACCGUGUGCCGUAACAUCACGGAGUCAAGAGCGCUUUUGUGUUUUGCAGUUUUGCUAGAAAAGGGUUCUGAGACAGUUCAGGAGUAUUCUGCCAAAGCGUUGAUGGAGAUCACGGCGGUGGCAGAGCAAAAUGCAGACUUGAGGCGCAAUGCCUUCAAGCCCACAUCCCCUGCCUGCAAAGCUGUGGUUGAGCAAUUGCUGAAAAUUAUAGAAGAGGGAAACUCACACCUCCUCGAGCCCUGCAUCCAAGCUGUUGGCAACUUGGCAAGGACUUUUCGAGCAACGGAAACAAGGCUAAUCGGGCCAUUGGUGAAGCUGCUCGACGAAAGAGAGACAGACAUUUCCGCCGCGGCUGUGAUUGCACUUAACAAAUUUGCCUGCACUGAAAAUUUUCUCCAUCUCAACCACUGCAAAGCCAUUAUAGAUGCAGGUGGUGCCAAGCACCUAAUUCAACUUGUUUACUUCGGGGAACAAAUGGUUCAGAUUCCUUCCCUAAUUCUCCUCUGUUACAUUUCAUUGCAUAUUCCAGACAGCGAAACACUUGCUCAGGAGGAGGUGCUUAUUGUGCUUGAAUGGUCAUCAAAGCAGGCUCAUCUGGUUAAUGAACCCUCAGUUGAAACAUUAUUACCAGAAGCCAAAAGGAAAUAUAAAACAGAAAUUCCAGAGUUACAUGGAUUGGCAGGGGUUGCAGCAGCUUUUCAUCAUUCUGGUGCCAGGGGAUUGUAUUACAAAAAUGGAGUGGAAAUAUGA